CCACCUUGAUGAACGCCGGGACCACGGCGACGGUGGUCUUGUUGCGCGAUGGGAUCGAGCUGGUUGUGGCCAGUGUUGGAGACAGCCGCGCCCUUCUGUGUCGCAAGGGGAAAGCCAUGAAACUGACCAUCGACCACACUCCAGAAAGGAAGGAUGAGAAAGAAAGAAUCAAGAAAACCGGUGGUUUCAUAGCCUGGAACAGCCUGGGACAGCCCCACGUAAACGGCAGACUUGCAAUGACCCGCAGCAUAGGAGAUUUGGACCUUAAGAAAUAUGGUGUCAUAGCAGAACCAGAGACAAAACGGGUUCAGUUGCACCAUGCAAGCGACAGCUUCCUGGUCCUUACCACAGACGGUAUCAACUUCAUGGUGAACAGCCAAGAAAUCUGUGACUUUGUUAGCCAGUGUCACGAUCCUACGGAAGCAGCGCACCUUGUUACCGAGCAGGCCAUACAGUACGGAACGGAAGAUAACAGCACUGCCAUUGUCGUGCCGUUUGGAGCCUGGGGCAAAUACAAGAACUCUGACGUCAACUUCUCAUUCAGCCGGAGCUUCGCCUCGAGCGGGAGAUGGGCCUGAGUCACUGCUGCUGCUGCUGCUACGAGGAGAUGUGGAAUGAACUGUCCUGUAGGAGGCCUCGCAAGGCAGAGAGCAGAUCUGUAGAUAGUUGCGUCCAUCUCUCUCUCCCAGCACCUUGUGCUUUCUGCCUGGGUAGAAAACCAUCGUUAACGUGAUGUUGCCUCUUUAACAAACAUGUCUGCUACUGCUUAAUCUCAGAGCCAGCGAUUUUCGCCCCCUCCGUCCAACGUAGAUAAUUCUGUCUGGUUCUUUGGCACAGACAAGACGCUGGCUCUUUGCACCUGGCUGACACACCCUCUUAAGGGGUUUUUAACCAAGUGUUUCUUAUGCACAGCGUAUGUUUUUAGAGGAUGAGAGAGAGAGAGCAAAGAGGCCCAAAGGGCUCUCUUAAUUUGCACAGCGUGAAAGGGAGCAAGCGCACAAGGAGAGAAAAGGUGGCAUUUCAUCUUUUCCGUUCUCACAAGUCUUUCCUUCUGUAUUUGAACAGAAGUAAGAGAAAGCCAGGAGAUUUAGAGGCAGUGUGGCUUGGCUGGCUGGCUGUGCUUUGCUUAGCCCGCUGGCACCAGAUUAACCACCAAAGCUGACUUUUGGUUUUGGUUAGUCCAGUUCCGGAGAGAAAGGGAUCUUGGUUUCGGGGCUAAGACUCUGUGCAGUGGAAGUCAAACAGCAAAUAUCACCAGCUGUGUGUAGGUGUGUAAUGUCCCGUCCUUAAGGCCAAUUUCUCAUAAGCAGAAUGUGACUUUUACACUUGGGUUGAAGCCCAUGUCUCGUCCUCUGUUUGUGGGUUAUUGGCCAGUUUAUAAUUGGAGAACCACGCCAUAACCCUCGAGGCAGAAGUGGACACAACACUAACAGGGAUAGUGGCAAUCGUCACAUUCCUUCCGAAAGACGGAAGCAAUGUAUGUUUUCUGUAUUUAUUUGUUUUUUCUUUAAAUAUACCAAUACUAAGAACCCCCCCUUUUUUUAAAGAAAUACUGCUUUUCAGGAGCUAAACUCUUUCAAAGAACAUCUUGUUCUUCAGUUCCUUUUUAGAUGUUCCUUCUCUUUCGGAGCCACUUAAAAACGCUGUCCGAGACGCACAAAGUUAACUUGGGUGGGGACAUGUUGCCCAGUGGGUGUUCAGUGUUCAAUUGCACAACGGUUGAAGUUCCCAAGGGAUUUCUCUCCCUCUCCCCAAGUUAGCAAGAAGUUGAGGAUACACUUUGGAAGGGAGAAUUUUUGUAAGAGAACGGGUAGGGUUAUAUUUGGAUUUGCCAAUUUCACUUUAGAAGCAAAUGCUGGAGGGAAGCAAAAGGUUUAAACGAGGUAAGUAGAGUUUCUCCGGGAAAUUCUACACACACACACACACACACACUUCAAAUGUAACACGGGGGGGGGGGAGGGACCAAGGGAACAAUCGGCAUUCCUUGGCAGGGCUUCAAUAGGUUGCAUGCAAUCGAGAAAUUCUGCUGGCCAAGAAUAUGAUCCAGAGUGUUGUGUCACAGAGACCAUUCACACCUCUAGAUCAUGGGUAGCCAACAUGCAGGUUUUGUGGACUACCGAUCCCAUAGUCGUGACAAUUGGCCAUGCUGGCUGGGACUGCUGGAAGAUGGAGCCCCCAAACCACCUGGUUUUUACUGCUAUAUACUGUCGGUACUGGAGGCUGUCAACAAUAGUUCUUCAUUUCUGACAUAGAUGCUUUGAACACAGAUACUUGGAAUUGAAAACAACCACCCCAAAACAGUAAGAGCUGUUUCACCACAGUGGGACGUUCUCCCCGGAAAGGUGGUGACGUUCUCCCUCAUUAGAGGUUUUUAAGCAGAGGUUGGAUGGCCUUCAGACAUGGGUGCUUUAGUUGAGAUUCCUGCGUUGCAGGGGUUUGGACUAUAGGUGACCCUCAAGGUCCCUUCCAACUCUACAGUUCUGUGAUUCUAUGAAAACCCAGAAUUAAGCCGCUAUAAAGUUACCUGGCACUGAGGUGUAGCAGUGCUGAGCUCUUUUAGCUGAACCCUGAUCGCAAUGUGAACCCCUGGACUCGCUGCUUGAUGCCACUACAAAUUAGAGCCACACCUUUUGCAGAAAUCAUUCCAGUUUCACUUCUGCACAGCUGUUCAUAAAGCUUUCUUUGGCCACGUACCUGUUGGAAAAUCACAAAGUACUUUGGAAACAGUGCCCCGGGCGCUGUGCUGGUGUUACCUUGUGUGUAUUCUACAUGUUUGUAUGUAUGAUAUAUAGAGAGAAAUGAUAUAUCUACUUUAUAAGUAAAAGAAUAUGUUAAAAAAUAUUUGCACCCAGUGCUGUUUCGCUUAGCCGCUGCAAUGGCACAUAUGAAAACCGUUUUCCUCUGCUACUUCCCAGAUUGUUGGGACCUGGGCUGAGAAAGGGCUAAAGCAUAUGUCCCUAUAGAGUCGGGGUGAUGCAUUAUCCCAUGGGAGGAGAACAUUGACCUCUCUCUCAGUUGCCCUUGGAGAUCUUGUUGUAUAAAAACAGCAGCCUUCUUGUGCGCGUCCAAUUGAUGCACAGCCGCUGAAGCGUGGGUCAUUUGGGAUCCAGAAGGGUGGGCUCAUGCUCGCUCUAUCGACACGCACGGGGGCCAGGAACAGAGAGCUCCCCCCCCCCACAAAAUGGUCACUGCCUGUCUCCAAAUUUGGCUACCUAGUUCUGUAGCGUUGUGUUAAUCAGAUGAUCCCUCAUUGGCUGGGAUUGUUCCAUUGGCUCAAAGGUUGCAUUGGAAGAAACAUUUGUCACAGUCCUAACAAAGCUUCUGCCACCAGCACUUAACAAUCUUCUAGCCCACUAAUGUGUACUGGCACUUCACGGAAUAAAUGCAGUAGUAGCAUUUCCCAAACUGCUUGCGCAGAAAUAACCACCGGGGGCUACCUGCAGAGAGGCAUUGAUGGUGCUGUAUGCAAACUGUGCCCCAGGCUUCGUUUUUGCCUUUUCUUUCAUGGGGUGCCGGAAGAAUUUUGCCUGUAUUUUGCACAAAACUUGGAGCUUUGCAAGCGAAUGGGUGGUUGAUUUGGUUACAAGGGAUUUGAUCAAACUAAAUGUUGGCAGUGGGGAGCCAACAUAAGUAUUCAACCAAACUGAAUUAAUAGGUGCUGGUUUUUAGGGUGGGUGAUUAGGUUUCUGAGACUUGGAAUGGGGGAAGUUCAAUUGCUUCCAAUAUUACUAAGCCAUAUAUUAUUUUAUCAUGUUGCUGAUUGUACUGGAGAGAGGGAGACCCUCUCCUGGGGUGUCAAAGUUGGGAAAGGCGAGGUGAUAAUGUAAGGAAAUUCCUGAAGAUGUAGAGUGACUUGGCAGCUUCAUGCAUCAUAACUGACUUGUUAGAAGUACUGAAGUGCACUUGUGUAAAUUGUGUUGCUUGCUUUUUGCCUUGGCAAGAAUGUAGAUAUUUGAAUGUUGAUUGUUCUGGGGGAGCAUGCAAACUUGUUGGGUGGUCCAAAUACAUGGUUCCCCCCCCCCCCCGUUGCAUUUUUGCAGAGGCUGUUGGCAGAUCAUGGUUAACCGUUUCCGCACUGGGGCUUAAUGAGAAACACAGCGACCCCCUUGCUCUCUGUCAGGAAUGUCUACCGAAGGCAACACCACGGUCUGCUAGCAUGUAUGUUUAAAAAACCACAACAGUGUGUACGAUAUAAUUAAAGUUUUGUAAUGGUCGCUGUGGUUGGGUGUGCCCAUUUCUGUUGUGGAUUCUGUAGCCCAGCUGCUGCAUCAUUUAAACAGUUGCUUUGUUUAAAAAAAAUGUGGAAGCAGGUUGGAGAUGGAAGAGUAUUUUAAUAAACAGCUUGCUCCUAAG